GUCCUGUGAAAAAUAGUUAUAAGUCAUUUUUUUGGGGUGCUGUUGUAACUUUUGAACAGUCACUAAAUGAAUGGUUCUAAAUCAAGGACUACCUAUAAUCCCAUAGUCAUGUAAAACAAUACAAUACCCAAUUUAUAUCGAGCAGGGCGGUUACAGCGUUAGUCCCAUUGAGGCUAGUGAUUACACUAUCAAAAAUAAAUAUGAAAGUACACCAUGAAGAAAACUCUGAAGCCGUGAUCCAAAGAUUACUAGCCAUAUAAACCAUUCUCCACGGCAGUCCGUGGAAGUGAGUUGUAAUCCGCGGAAACCUACGUCGCAACCAAGGCGUAAACUUUACAAAAUCCUUGCUGAAGAUUUUUUUUCCAAGAGAGCCAGACUUUUGCCAUCCUGUAUUCAUUUAAGCAACGAGAGCUGCGGAAGGGAAACCGUUCGCCAAGCUUCGUCGUGGGAAUGGUCACGCAGGGAAAUUGGCCGAUGGCGGAGGCAGACCAGCCGACUGUACCAUGCAACGCGCCUCGGUCUCUUUCUUUCCAACACGGCAACUCGUCUUGUUAUGAAACUGCCAACUGCUAGAUAGCAGAUCUCUCAACGUGCUCCCAAUGCUGCCUCUUUAGCCGCCGUUGGAUUACAGAACAGAAGACGGUGAGCCGCCGUUUCCCUUUGCAAUGAUCGCAAAGAUCAAAGUAUUCAAUCAAAUCUAUGGAUUGCCUCCAGGUAGAUGCCUCCUCUGCAUGUCUGGUUAUACACCUCGUCGACUACGAAGUAAAUAGCCUUUUUAAGGGGCACCCUCGACUAACUAUUCGGAAGAACUACAUUACCCAGAAAUCAACGCGCUGUUCGUGCAAAGGACGUCUGCGCACUAAGACACUCGGAUCCAAGUUUGGAGCUUUUAGCUGCCAGUCCUGGCCCAUCAUGUAGGUGCAGCACAGCUUUCCUUCCCAUUGCAAUAGCGGGAGAAACCCCACUUUGCAAUCUGUUUUGCAAGGCGUGCAAUUGCAGCUCCUUCCUCUGCAAGGAAAUCUGCUGUGAGAAGUCAGAAAAACUCGAGUUGCAUGAAGAUUGAGCGCUUGCAGUUUGCAUCUUUGUUGCAAAACUAGCUACAGAAGGCAAAGUCUUUUGUGUUCCCCUCCCCCAUCAAAGCAGAGGGGAAAAUGUCUCAGAGAGGCAAGAAGAAAAAUCCAGGCUUGAAAAUUCCUAAAGAAGCAUUUGAACAACCACAGACAAGCUCAACGCCACCUAGAGAUUUGGAUUCCAAAGCAUGCAUUAAUAUUGGAGACAAGAACUUUGAAGUUAAAGCCGAUGACCUGGAGCCAAUAUCAGAAUUAGGACGUGGUGCAUAUGGGGUGGUAGAGAUGAUGCGACAUAUGCCCAGCGGGCAAAUAAUGGCAGUGAAGCGAAUCCGAGCAACAGUGAAUAGCCAGGAACAGAAGAGGCUAUUGAUGGACUUGGACAUCUCUAUGAGAACAGUAGACUGUCAUUUCACUGUCACGUUCUAUGGUGCGCUGUUUCGGGAGGGUGAUGUAUGGAUUUGUAUGGAAUUGAUGGAUACCUCGCUGGACAAAUUCUACAAGCAAGUCAUUGACAGAGGCUUAACGAUUCCUGAGGAUAUUCUAGGGAAAAUAGCUGUCUCUAUUGUAAAAGCAUUAGAACAUCUACAUAGUAAACUCUCUGUAAUUCACCGAGAUGUCAAGCCUUCCAAUGUACUGAUUAAUACACAAGGACAAGUGAAAAUGUGUGACUUUGGAAUUAGUGGGUACCUCGUUGAUUCUGUGGCUAAGACAAUGGAUGCUGGCUGCAAACCGUAUAUGGCACCUGAAAGAAUCAACCCAGAACUAAACCAAAAAGGAUACAGUGUAAAAUCCGAUAUUUGGAGUCUGGGGAUUACAAUGAUUGAAUUAGCAAUCUUGCGGUUUCCAUAUGACUCCUGGGGGACGCCGUUCCAGCAGCUCAAACAGGUAGUGGAAGAACCAUCACCACAGCUCCCUGGAGACAAGUUUUCAGCUGAAUUUGUUGAUUUUACCUCACAGUGCUUGAAGAAAAAUUCCACAGAAAGACCUACAUAUCCCGAGCUAAUGCAACACCCCUUCUUUUCCUUUCAUGAAUCCAAAGAAACAGAUGUGGCUUCUUUUGUCAAACUCAUCCUGGAAAACUGAAAAAUGGACUUGUUCAUUAUUUUACCCUUUGAUGGACUGGUGGGAUUAAGGAAGAGGGGGUCAUGGUAGGACAGCCUUCAUCACAGGAAAGCCAGAGGAGAACUUAACUGGUGGCCAUUUUCCUUUUAUUUUAUUUUUUUGUAAAAUCCCAAUCUCCUUCCCUUGAAGGCUUUUUUAAAGGGUUCUUUGGUAUUCAUAGUGAUAUAGAAUGAACUGAUUAGUGAAAUGAAUUUUAAUAAGAUUGUCAACCAUAAACAAAAAAUAUACGAGUGAUUUAAAUGAUGAUAUUUUAGGGCUCGUUAACCAGCCUCUCGACUAGCCAUACUUAAUUUACUGUCAAAUCAGAUUUCUUUUGUUUAUGGUAAUAGGUGCUACGGUAGUUAUGAAGUUUGAUAUAGAGUUAUAUUUUGUCCUUACUAUUAUUUUAAUAUUUAUGUUAAGCGCUUGAUUUUUAAUAGAAUUCUUGUUUUUAUGUGAGACAGUGGACAAUAAUGACAGCUAAAACAGUGAAGUUACAAAAAAGAGUAUUUAUAGUGCUUUGUGAGGAAAAGGCAGAGGAGAUGGCAUGGUCCGUUUAUGACAUGGAUGACUAAUUUAAAUUGAAAUAAGAGUUUGGUUUGUAUGUUACUCCAACAAUGUAUGAGGAAAACUACAUAAUUCCCUAGGAUAUAUCUGAAGACUGUUUUGGCAAGACAUCAGGAGGAUGCAGAAAGAAAAAAAAAGAAAAUGAUUUGUUGGAUGAGAUUGUUCCAGUGGUUUGGUUUAAAACUGCAGUUUCUAUAAACAAUUACACCUUUGGGAUUAAGAUUCUAUCUCAGUAUCAGGAUCUGUGGGAUUAACAGUGGAAAUGAUGUAUUUAAAAGUUAGUGAAAAAUCAAAAGCAGCUUUUGACGUUCGAUUGUUGCUUAAAUAAUGAUGAUUCUCUAGAUCAGACAUGUCAAACUCGUGAUGUCAUGUGACGUCACAUGACAUAUCGGAGCUUUUUUUCCCAUUGCCGGCAAAGGGGUUGGCGCGGUUUCCUGGUGACGCAUCUGGCCAAGAGGCCAGCAGUUUGACACCCCUGCUCUAGAUCAUGGCCAACCAAGGAAGGACUCUGUCCAUAUUGGCUUGGUAGAAAGUCAUGUGCCUUUGAAUGAACAAAAGGCUUCACAAAGGAAAGUGGGACUGAGGAGGUGUUGAGAUAUGAGUUUCACAAAAGGGAAAAAAAAAAUCAAGAAAUGAGUUGAUGGUUCUGAGUACACUGAGCUUGCUUUGGACUCUCAGGUGUCCCAUAGUGGUCUUUUUUCUCACCUACAUGAAUUACUUUUUUCCUUACUCCUUCCUGAAGAAGACCCACCUAUAUCUCUGGCACACAUUAGACUAGUCUCUGUCUGAAAACAAAAUAUAGAAUAGGGAUUUGCAGCAUUGACACAUUAUUUCCCUCAUCUAAUACGAGCAACAGCAAAAACACACUGGUAGGGCUGAAACUACUUGAUUUUUCAUUCAGGCAUGGUUGCCGUAGAUUUUGUGUUUAACAUAUGGAAACGGCAAUUUGGGCGUGUCUCUUACUUCAUGAUACGCUAUUUUUUUAUUAGGGUUGUUCCAUAAAUAAGAUCGGGUCUUAUCUGAUGAAAAUAACUGCAGUUCAGCUACUCCCACAGCAAUUUUUUUGUUCAAAAAGCAUUUCUGUUUCCUCCUGACAAUAUUCAUUCUUCCCAAUGGUUCAAGUGGUAAUGUUUGUUCACUCCAAAUGGAGGUUGUGGGUAUAGUAGGAAUGCAUCCAUCCCAUAUCCAGUGUCUUGCAGGUGUGCUGGCCAAUAUGUAAUUGACAUCCCACACAUCUGGAGAGCAUCAAAUUGGAGAAGACCAAUAUAUUAGUAUUGAUAAAGUGGCUUUUUGUCAAAUACAUUUUCAUCCUACUUUCCAGCAUUCUGUAUUUUACACCAUAGCUGGUCUUUUUUUGCAGCAGUCCACUGGAAGUGAUUUAGAAGAUGUUUAACUGCAGAUAAAACACUAAGAUCCUUCCCUUUCGUUGUAUUUUUUUCAAAGCUGAGAAUGGUUUGUAACUAUUUUACAUGUCCGGUUACUUUUUCCCCCUUCCCCCAGUUGAUUUUCAGUGCUGUGAUUGAUUGUCUUCAGCUGUAGCUAAAGCUCAGCCAGUCAGUUUUUAGAACUAGUUCCAGCAUCUAUUCUCACUUUGAAAAACAUGUCAUUUAAAACCUACUUUUGGGGUUUCCUAUAAAUUGAUUUGACGCUUGCCAGAGAUAGUUUUGUUGCCUUCUUUUUUUCUUGGAAUAGUGAAGCCCCAUUGAUAUUACAUCCUCUUGACCUCAGAACACCUUUAUCGGAGUGCUGUGGUGACAGGCAGGCUGGAUUCAUGAGAUCAAAUUGGGCUUAAUAGGCAAUAUUAAUAUUCCCAUUGGUUUCCAGUAGUUGGACCAUGCCAGUGAUGUCUGCAAUAAGUCUGACUGGAAAGAAUAACACUACACGCCUCAUGUUUUGUUUUAGGAAUUAGAAUGUGCUGUUUGUGAGCUCUUUUGUCAGGUCUGUCCAAAUAUAAUUCAUCUCUUGGCAGGUACACAAACCCUAGCACAGUUAUAGAAUAAAACAGAAUACAUCUGUAUUUUCUAUUCCAGAUUUAAAUCUUUGCUUGUCUUUGUUAUUUAAAAGUUCUCAUAUGUUGGUGAGUAUAAUUCCCCUAAAAUGUUCACAGCACUUGAAAUGCAGUCUGAAUUCACGUCCGUUUUCUAAAGGAUGAUAGGUAAAAAUGGAAAAGAAAUAACUGAUCAGAUUGUCUCUGGAAAAUAGGGUAAGAAAUAAUGGGCUUAAAUUACAGAAAAGAAGACAUCACCCAUUCACAUGUACGUAUGUAUGUGUACACACACACACACACACUCACAUCGACAUGCACAUGUACUUCCAGAGUGUUCUGAAAUUGAUCAUCCUGCUUGAAGUUGUUACAGAACCUUCAUUUUCUAGGCUGUCGUAAAUAAACUGACACAGAUACCCAUUAUGUGUUUUAUAUGGAAAAAUGAGCCCUUCAUCUGCUGAUAUUUUCAAGUCUUUCAAUAUUUGAAAAUGUUUCUGGGUUUGGCAGGGCUAUAUUAGUAAAAUUCAGCUGUUCUAGUAAAUGUUAACAGAGCUUGAAUCAUGGCUGCUGUGACUGAUCUUUAAUUUCAGCAUUCUCAGCUGUCUUAGGUUUGUUAAGUUACUUUGGAAUAAUUAUUUUUAAUGGUUAUGUGGAUUUGGGGCAUGGCUGUAUGCAAACUGGUGAUCUGGAUUUUUCCCCUCUAAAACUGUUGAAAAAAUUUGCCAUAACGGCAUACGUUCUACAUUGUACACAAUUAUUAGGCAAAUUGUAUGCCUACAGUGCUCUAGUCAAUCCAAAAUGUUAAUAAACCUCAAACCUGAAUGUUUAAGAAAGUAAAA